AACAUGACAGCCGACCCUUAUCAAUACCUUGAAGGCUUCCAUAAUCACCAUACUUCAGAAGCGCUUCCUGAUAGCCUACCAAAGGGCCAGAAUACUCCACAAAAAUGUCCUUACAAUUUGUAUACUGAGCAGCUGUCUGGCACGGCCUUUACCGUACCCAGAACGCAUAACCAACGAAGUUGGCUAUAUCGAAUUCGCCCCUCUGUCGUGCACGAGCCCUUUAGCCCAUUGGAAGCUGGAAACGAUACGCUACUGGCCAACUUUGCCAACGCCCAUAUUACGCCAAAUCAACUUCGUUGGGAUCCAUUUGAUUUGCCGCAGGACAGCGAAGAGGUUGAUUUUGUGACCGGCCUUCGUACUGUCGCGGGCGCCGGCGAUGCUGCAACACGUAACGGCUUGGCCAUCCAUAUCUACCAUGCUAAUCAAAACAUGAACAAGCGAGCCUUUUACAACGCUGAUGGCGAUUUUUUGAUUGUUCCCCAGCAUGGAAGGUUGGAUAUCACCACAGAAUUUGGAAAAAUUAUGGUUCAUCCUAACGAGAUUUGCGUUAUCCAACGUGGAAUUCGAUACUCGGUUGAUUUACCGGAUGGCCCAGUUCGUGGAUAUAUCCUGGAAGUCUUUGGAGCUCAUUACGAACUCCCUGAUCUCGGUCCUAUCGGUGCUAAUGGAUUGGCUAAUCCACGCGACUUUGUUACACCACAAGCAUAUUAUGAAGACGCGAACAAUGAGGAGUGGCAAAUGGUGACAAAGUUUCUAGGAAAAUUGUUCGUAGCUAAACAAAAUCAUUCUCCAUUUGACGUGGUCGCUUGGCAUGGUAACUAUGCCCCAUAUAAAUACGACCUUGCCAAGUUCUGUGUCAUCAACUCGGUUUCCUAUGAUCAUAUUGAUCCAUCUAUUUUCACCGUCUUAACAUGCAAAUCAGAUACCGCCGGCGUGGCAGUUGCUGAUUUCGUUAUCUUCCCUCCACGUUGGGCGGUCCAAGAGAACACUUUCCGUCCCCCCUAUUUCCAUAGAAACUGCAUGUCAGAAUUUAUGGGAUUGAUAUUAGGCGAUUAUGAAGGGAAAACUGGUGGAUUCCAACCUGGCGGUGCGUCCUUGCACAAUAUCAUGACCCCGCAUGGUCCAGACGCGGCUGUAUUCCAAAAGGCCUCUACGGUUGAGCUGAAGCCUGUUCGCGUUGCAGAUGGCACGCAAGCGUUUAUGUUUGAAACGAGUCUUACGCUGUCUGUAACAGAAUGGGGCUUAGUAAAAUGCAAUAAGGUCCAGCCUGACUACUGGAAAAGCUGGAAGGCUUUGGACAGCCAAUUUUCUGCUACUCAAAUCUAAGCUGCGCUCUAUUUUUUCACUUCUAUUCAGCAGGUGGUGGCCGGAAAAGUGAAUCCGCAUUCUAACCGCUUUUUUGGCCAUAAAAUCAUAAAAACGGGAACCACUGAUAGUCGUCCAUCAGCUUGUAACCCGGUCAAUGCAAUAAAUAAACACUGUUCGAAUACGUGUCUUUUGCCCUGACUGCUUAUCGGAUUAUAGC